CCCGGUCGCUCCCUCCGCGCUGGGGCCCGCCCGCGGGGCCGGCCGCCUGUCAGAGGGAGGUGGCGAUGGUGCGCCCGGUGGCGGUGGCGGCUGCGGCGGCUUCCCUGGUCCGAGCGCAGGGAGGAGAAGAUGACUGACCGACCGACUGAAUGACUGAAUGAAUGAAUGGAGGAGCCGAGCGCGCCAUGAGGAGCCUGCCGAGCCUGGGCGCCGUCGCCCUGUUGUGCUGCGCCGCCGCCGCCGCCGCCGCCGCCGCCGCCGCCGCCGCCUCGACAACCUCGGCGGGGAAUGUCACCGGUGGCGGCGGGGCCGCGGGGCAGGUGGACGCGUCGCCGGGCCCGGGGCUAGGGGGCGAGCCCAGUCGCCCUUUCUCUAAGGCGACGCCUCCCACGGCCCAGGCCCCGCGGACCGGAGCGCCGCGCACUACUGUCCACCGGCCCCUGCCUGCGUCCUCCUCAGCCCAGUCCCCGGAGACCACCCCUCCUCGGGCGACGGCCGGACCCGCCGCGACCACCUUCCAGGCGCCGCUCAGCCCCUCGCCCACCGCCCCCCCGGCGGCGGACCGUACGCCGACCGCCCCUCGCGCGACCACCGGACCCGCGCCGACCACCCUCUCGACGAGCACUGGCCCGGCGCCGACCACCCCUGUAGCGACCACCAUUCCGGCGCCCACCACUCCGCUCACCCCGACCCCCGCGCUCCCCGGCGGCAGCGGCGUCCCGCCCACCCCACCUGCCACCGAGGCGCCCUCUCCCCCUCCCCCAGAAUAUGUUUGUAACUGCUCUGUGGUGGGAAGUCUGGAUGUGAAUCGCUGCAACCAGACCACAGGGCAGUGUGAGUGCCAGCCACAUUAUCAAGGGCUUCACUGUGACAUCUGCAGGGAGGGCUUUUACCUGAAUCACACGUCUGGGCUCUGUCUGCCGUGUGACUGUAGUCCACACGGAGCCCUCAGCAUGCUCUGCAGCAGUUCUGGGAAAUGCCAGUGCAAAGCGGGCGUCACCGGCUCUACAUGUGAUCGAUGCCAAGAUGGAUAUUAUGACUUUAGUAAGAGUGGCUGCUUGCCCUGCCAAUGUAAUAAUCGGUCUGCCACUUGUGAUGCCCUCACAGGUGCUUGUUUAAACUGCCAGGAAAAUAGCAAAGGGGAUCACUGUGAAGAAUGCAGAGAAGGAUUUUAUCAGAGUCCUGACACCACAAAAGAAUGUCUUCGCUGCCCUUGUUCAGCAGUGACCUCUACGGGCAGCUGUAUCAUAAAACUGGGUGACUUGGAGCCUACGUGUGUCCAGUGCAAAGACGGAUACACAGGCCGGAACUGCAACACCUGUGAAAACGGCUAUUACAAUUCUGACAGCAUCUGUACCAAGUGCCAAUGUCAUGGCCACGUGGACCCAAUUAAAACUCCAAAGGUUUGCAAGCCCGAGAGUGGUGAAUGCAUCAGCUGCCUCCAUAACACCACUGGGUUUUGGUGUGAGAACUGUCUGGAAGGCUAUGUCAGAGACCUCGAGGGAAAUUGCGUCAAGAAAGAAGUUAUUGUUCCAACACCUGAAGGUUCUACCAUUUUGGUUUCCAAUGCCUCUUUGACCACAUCAGUGCCCACCCCUGUUAUAAAUAGUACAUUUACCCCCACAACCCUGCAGACUAUCUUUUCCGUAAGCUCUGCUGAAAACAGCACGUCAGCUUUAGCUGAUGUUUCAUGGACCCAGUUUAACAUCAUCAUUUUGACAGUCAUCAUCAUUGUGGUGGUGCUGCUGAUGGGAUUUGUGGGGGCCGUCUAUAUGUACCGGGAGUACCAGAACCGGAAACUCAAUGCCCCCUUUUGGACCAUCGAGCUCAAAGAAGACAAUAUCAGUUUCAGCAGCUACCACGACAGCAUUCCCAAUGCAGAUGUGUCAGGACUGUUGGAAGAUGAUGGCAAUGAAGUGGCUCCCAACGGGCAGCUGACCCUGACGACACCCAUACAUAACUACAAAGCCUGAGGAGCUAGAACUGUCACCCUGCAUGGGUAGAGCACAGGGCUUACUAAGACAGCAUCGGCUCCUGGGCCACAUGAGGCCUGGGCAGAGUUUGCUGAGAAAGCAGAGGCGUAUAGUGCAUCUGGAAGUUUCAGGUACAAACGUGUAAUGCACUUGGCCUAUUACUCUUAGUUUCCCCAUGAAGCUCCGAAGCAGUCACUGUCAAUAAGGACUUGUAGUAAAGUAUAUUUUUGUACCCAACGACAUGGGAGUAUAGAAAGGCCAAACCCCACAGUGCAGCCCACAUCUACUUUGACCUCCGAAUAGACUCCUGGGGAAGUGCUCACCAAACCAGCGGAUACACGGUGAUGGAAGUGGAGGGGGAGGACUCCAGGAAGACCUCAUCUCCAUUCCUGAAACACCUUUUUUAAAAGGAAGGUCAGGGAUGAUACUCCUUUUACUGUGCUAAAAGACAUCACUGCAGAAAAGCUUAAUGUCUGGGCUGUCUCACAAUAAACAAUCCCGAUUGUUUCCAGAAUAGGGGCGGAAAAGUCUCAAGAGGAUCUUUAGAAAAGCUUGAUUUUUCCUUCCCAAAUUCUUGCUCAAUGAUAGGAUCCAAGCACGGGAUAAGCUUCUAAUGGUAGAAACAGGAAACAGGAAGGUGACAUCUGGUAGCAGGAAGCUGAUGGUCCUCCUUAGGGUCUCAGUGUAGAUGAUGAAUUGUCUAAAAAUAAGGACUGCUCCUGCCUCUAGAGAAGUAAGGUGUAUAUAGUGAAUGUAGCAUAUCUGGUCAACAUUGUUAUUUGUAUCUAUUUGUAAAAAAAAAAAAUCAUGUCAUAUUUUAUCAUCUAGAAACUAUUUGUACAGCAGUUAAUGGCGUUGUAAAAAGAACAUAUGGGGAUUGGUUAAAAUAUGACAUAGGUGGCAAUAUUGCUGGAGCUGGGACUCUGGUGAACGCCAGUCAUUUUUGGUCCCUCUUUGGACACUGUUGAAAUUUGUAAGAGGUUGAAUGUUUCCAAAACCUUUCUUUCCCUUUCUCGGUCUCAAAGUAGAGUUACACGUUCUUUGACUUACUAGACAUUCAAGCAAUAGAUUUUUAAGGCCGUGAUUGUUAAGCUGGGAUGCAGGCUGCACUCUCUAAAGUACUCACCUGAUUAGACAUUAGCCAGUCUAUAUAUUUCACAUAGAUCAGUGUAGAACACAUCCUCAUGAAAAAAAAAAAAUGUUUUUAAGUGUAAAAGAAAGUCUUCCAGAGGAAUUAGAAAUAUUUUAGUUCCAAAAGAAAAGCCAUCAUAUCACUUGGGAUCCCCUGUUUUUCAUGCCUGUGAAAUAUUUAUUAUAUUCUUCCUCCCCGCCCAAAAAAAUACCUUCCACAUUUGAACGUAGUUUGUCACCCGUAGGCCGCGAGGUGUCUGCCAUCUUCCUGCAGGGCUACAGUUUUGCCGUUAGAGGUAGCUCUGUGGUUCGGUGGGUACAGUUAGUCCUUGCUUUUAGACCCGGUUGUUCCCUCAAGGCCACCUACUGUCGCCCUCGUCUGUUAUGAUAUUGACAGGUUGUGGGUGCAGCAAGCCAGGGAAAGCAGCCAGAAGUCAAAUAUAGAUAUUUAUUAGGAGGAACAGCAAGCUGUCAGGUGGCGAGAAAAGAAGCAAAGAUUUGUUAGAUUAGACCUAGAACAUCCAAGUUGACAACCUUGCCUGCCUUCCCCGGAGAAACGCCUGGAAUUUGUUCAUCCCUCUGUAGGAGACCCCUAAGCUUUCUCAGGUUUUGGAGAUGACGUUCUGGAGGAUGGACAGAUAGAUAGUCCAAUUCUGUAACCUGAGGUGCUCUGAAUGUUUGGCCAUUGCUCAUGAGAGGAGAGGAUACAUUACAUUACAUUAUAUUUUAAAAAUCAGUGGAUAUUCCUAUAGGCCUUUGCAGUUCGCAAAGCCCAUUGCCACACGUAUGUCCUCCGUUCCUCACCCUAGCCCCUUGAGGAAGUAGUUGUUGUCCCCAUUUGACAGAUGAGGUUAAAUGUCUCACUCAAGGCUGCACAAUAUGUCAUUAUCAGGCUUGGAAUCGGGCCUCCUGACUCUGAAGCACAUAUAUAUUCUUCCAACUCUAGGCCAAUGUAGAAACUGCUAGCCAUGGACAGAGAGGCUGGGAGGGACCGUCCCGUCUGUGAAUGUUUCCAGCUUUGUGAGUACAAGGUGCAGUCCAGGGCCAUACAGCUGGGAAGGGUUUUGUGGAAAGGACCCUGGAGAAUUACUGCCUGCGGCCAGUGUUGGUGACAAGAAAACAAAACUACCGGUUUUUGUGCUUCCUCAAAGAGAACUGACCCUCGUGAGCCGGGAGGGAAAUGUGUUUUCCCCAGCAGCCCCCACUGACGCACGGGCAGACUGAGCACUGCACAGUUCCAAGGAAGGGGGCCUGUCUCCCAGACUGCACCCCUCAAGGUGAGGGGUUGAGCAUGGUGGGAAAUAAGCACUGGUUACACGGAAGUUACCCCAGUAGAGCAAGCGUGAGUGUUUGUCGGGGUCUAAGAGCCAAAGCCAAAUAGUCCAGAUUCUGGCCAUAGAGAGGUUGCUUGAAAGAGAGCCUGAAAGGCAUUGCAAACAUUGAAUCACAUGGAACAUUAAUCUCUAAGGAAUUACUGACAGCUCCUAGGUCAGGUUCUCAAUUUUUCCCAGUGGAAAAAAAAUGGAGGUCUUAAAACUGGUUUUAAGUAAUAUUCUUUAGCGUCCCCUGCUUUUUGCUGGCGGAAAUAAUUUUGCUCUAGAAUAUAAAUCAAUCAUGAAGUGAUCUACCGGCAAAAUCAGACUAGGAAACUACUAUGGAAUGCAUUGCACACAUUCGUUCCUCUGAAGGCAGGGUCUCCCUGAGCUAUGAUGUUUCACACCAGGAUCCCGUCGGUCUUGUAGAAAGAUAAUAUUGGAAGACCUUUUGAAUAAGUGUUAGAAAUGUGUUUAUUUUUGAUUAAGACUAAUGUGACCCUUACUGAUAAAUGACAGAUACUGCUAUUAAGUGAUCAUUUUGUCUUUAUUCAUUCAUUUUCAUAAGCCCUGACGUAUUUCUGACAGAAAUCCUAGGUAGUGUUGUAAAAUAUGUCUGUCCUCCCCUAUUGUCCCCUCCCUCCCUGCACUGGCUAGCUCCUAGAUAUCUCUUAUGAAUGGAAUUUCUCCAGUGAUAGAGAAAAAUGGUGACAGAAACUAACGCUCAUUUAUACUAAGGUCCUAUGGAUUUAAUGUGUUACCACUCUUCGGGAUAACCUGCAUUUUAAGAGAGAACAGAGCAGAUGUGACGUGGGAGGAGAGAGAUUUUGGGGGAGAGGAUUUGUAGAGGUGUCAAAUUAUAUGGCUACUCUCUAGCCCUAACAUUCCCCAGAAAACGGAUCAUUAAAGCAAUACUCAUGACCCCACUAGUUCAUUUUGGUCAGAGAGUGCCUUCCGGACGUUUAGCCCUUCUCGUGCUGUUUUGGAGGCUGAGAACUAAAGCAAUAGAAUGUCCUCCUAAGAGCUUCAGUCGGGACGGGGUUAUCAGAUCAUUCACCACGGUCCUAUAUUUUUUGUAGGACUUACGGUAAACAUAACACCACUCGCAAUGAACAUUCCCUGGUUCUUAUGCUUUGAAGUGUGUGGGUAGGAGUUGAAUCUACACAUCUCAAGGGAAGAAAGCUCUCUGAUAAAAAGUUGAGAGAAGUACAGAGCAACCCAGCGUAACCUGUUAGAGCAAGGAAAGCAUUUCUGGCCUCAUCCGCAAAGACUUUUGGUCCGUUAUGAUCUUGACGGCAUGGGGCUUGGGAACUAACAUGAGUUUGGCGUGUGUGGGGGAGUGAUGAAAGGUUAGCACAAUUUUCCUCUUUAACCCUGAGCCAGUGACCAUGCCGAGGGAAAAAGCAGGAAGAACACACCGAUUCAUCCGAAGACAUCAGAUCACGUCAAAUGGACUGAAGGUUAUGGAUCGUUAAAAUGGCAGUGGUUGAAUGAUGCUUUUUCAAAGGCAGUCGGGAACCCCUGUUACUCGUAACUUACACACAGGCAAGAAUUGUGACGGUGGUGAGCACAUGAGCCCAGGGCUUCUGAGCCAACUUAGCCCAAAGCCCAGUGAUUCACAGCUGAGUUUUAAUGCUAGGCACUUGCACUCUGCCAUAGGUUACAUCUUAGCCCGGGCUAUUCAGGGAUGUUCCUAAAACAUUAAACUCCUACGUAUGUCACUAAAAUUCUAACACAAAUUCUAAAAACGUGUCUCCUACAGAUGCUGUACUAGGCUUCAUGAUGCAUUUCUAAAUUUGUGUAUGAUUUGAAUAUAUGAAAGAAUUUAUACAAGAGUGUUAUUUAAAAUUAUUAAAAAAUAAAUGUAUAUAAUUUGUA